UUGCGCCAGCUGUUAUUGGUGUAUGGUCAGUGUGGAUAAAGCGCCCGCUUGGGUGAUUUAAUCCGCGGCGCGGCGUGCAUGGAUUGCGCUCCAAUUCAUGCACUUACAAGGGUAAUUCCUUACAAGAUAUCAGCCGCCAUAGUGGGAUCACGGGUCCAGGUUUAGGCACUGAACUUCUGGAAAUCCUCUUGCAGUGUUUUGCUCCCAAUUGUUGUUUGCAGGAGUCAAGGAUGAUGCAUGAGAAGGCGUAUUCAGACAGGAAAAGAAGCCAGGAAGAUGCUUUCGCAGCGUACAACAAGGAAAUCAUUACAAGUGGUAAAUACAGUGAAGAUGAAUAUCCAGAUCUUGAAGAGAGGCUUGUCAGCUAUAAAGGAAUGUUUAUGGAGUUUGAUGAGAACUCCUCCGGAGACAUUGAUAUAAUGGAACUCAAACGCAUGAUGGAGAAGCUUGGUCAGGCCAAGACCCACCUUGAGUUGAAAAAGAUGAUUACUGAGGUGGACACCACCAACUCGGGCACCAUCCAUUACAACGAGUUUAUCGAGAUGAUGCUGGGCAAGAGGAAUUCUAUUCUCAAACUUAUCCUAAUGUUCGAGGAGAAGAAACAGGAGAAAGAACGACCGACAGGCAAUCCUCCUAAGAGGGACCUAGAGCAUCUUCCUUGAAUUCGACUGAAGACAGAAGCUAUGCAUUUCGUCCCGAUUUCGUGAUUUCCUAUUUGAGCAUUUUGAACUGUUUCCAGUGAUAGUGUUAUUAAUCUGUCUUCAGUUUUUGUAAAGACUGAGUAAACUCAUCACACGCUACUCGAUUAGCCCGGCUAUAAUGGUUCUAUGGUUCCUUAGCCUGUCGAGCUCGGCAUUGUUUCAUAACAAGGGCAUUGCCUCCAUUUUAGGGAAAUGGACCUUUCUUUUGUCUGCACUUCAAUCGUGCACAUUUUAUAUAGUCUGAUGGAAUAACGUGAAGAACGUUAAUGAUUUGUUUCGUGCUUACAGUAAUGUAUUUGUAUCAUAACUUAGAAACGUUAAAUAUUGUUACUAUGAAAUACACCAAGGUUGCAGUAAUUAUUCUCUAGAACCUGUUGGCUACGUUAAUGUACUUUCACGAGCAUUAUAAUUUUGGGUCUGG